UUUCAGAUGUUCUAAAGAUAAAGAUGCCGAACAACGAGGGAAACCAUCCUGGAGCAGAGCAGCAUCCUAUCCCCGUGGAUCGGAUCCCUGCUCCGGGUCCUGCUCCGACCUGUAUCCCGGAGCAGGUUACUCCGCACAGGAUCUCAACACUAGCGUUUAUACUGGAGUAUCUGCAACCUAAAAGACCGCACAGCCUGGAUCCAAGUGAUAAGACCCGGAUCUGUUUAUUCCUGUUGAACCUAAUCCAGUUUCCGGAUGAGAACCUGAAAUCUACCUGCCAGCGCCUGAUUCCUAGUGUUCCACGACCUCUACUCGCAUGCUGGGCAACCAGGCUGAUAGGGAUUCAGGAGAAGGGGAUUGCAGGGCUCAUGGAUCUGUUCCAGGCUGUAGAGAAGUUAAUCCUUGACGCCAAGGUUCUCAAUAAGAUAUCUCUAGUCGGAGUUCUUCUCCGACGAGUUUAUCUUCAGUUUGAUAAAAUGUCUUUCAGUCAGGUUUCAACUCUACAUAUACUGUUCUCCUCGUACUUCUCCACAGGGUCGGAGAUAUUAAAUAAUCUGGUUCAAGAAGGAAAUAAUGAUUCUGACUGUGAACUGGACUUAUCUCUGGACGAUUAUAAUCUCCCAACAGCUCUGCCGUCGGACUAUAGAUCUCUAGAGACGAAGGAAGAGACGAAACUAAUGACGAGACGACAGGCCGACCUGUUUAUUGCUCGUCAGGCAAAUCUCAUCCAACAUUCAGAAGGACACGCAUUGAGCCCAUUGGAGCUACAGCGGGAACUAAAUGUGAUAGUUAAAACCAAUCCAGGUCUUUCUGAGGCGUACUUCCUCUCCUACUUAAACUCUCUCCGUAUGCAGGAAUUUGUGGGAGCUGUAGACAGUUUGUUCGCUGCAUCAAAUCAUAUCCUCUCUUCAACCAACUCUAAACUCUCGUUAGAGGAUUCAAGGAAGAGUUUCCGGUACGCGGAUCUAAACCUUGCCUCUCUCCACGCUAGGUUCGGACACAACUCAGAGUCUCUAGCGGCGGUGAAAGAGGCGAUAGCAAUAGGACAAGAGGCUAAGGAUCAUGCUGCACUACAGCAUGCAUUAUCCUGGUUAACAAGAGUUUCUCCUGGAGAUAGUAUAGCUCUGCUCCAGCGGAGUAUAUCUAAGUGUGAAAAGCUUUCUCUUCUAUACCUCGCGAGUCUUGGCAUGCUUUCUCUCUGUAAACACGUAGAUGAGUUCGGAGACAGACCCGGAUACAUUCUAGACGUCCUGACACGUAGCGCUGUGAUUAAUUGUAAACACAACCUGAUGGAGUUACAGACGAACUCCUUUUUGGUUCGGAGUAAUGUCUGGGCGUCCUGGGGCCGACCUAUGAUGUCACAGACCGUGAAUCAACUUCUCCUACAGCUCAACUCAACGGAGAACAACAAAGAUGGAAUCAACUAUCAAGGAGAGUGUACGGUGCUAGGACUAGUGAAUACAGCUCUAAGCCUAGAGCAGGAAGGAUACAGAACUGAAGCGGAUACACUUAUUAAAACUUGUGCAAAACUGUUUCCCUGUCCUACCUCUCAAUACUCAAAGGUUUGGAAAACAGCGCGUGAAAGAAUAGAGUUUGCACGCGCUCUCCUGUCUGGGAACUGGGUUCAGGCAGGGAGCGCGCUAGAUCUUCUCUUCUCAAACAUUCCAGAGUUUGAUCUUUACAAAGCUGAACUUCUCUUUAAACAGGGAAACCUGGAGCAAUCGAGGGAUAUUCUCAAAACCAUAGUUUCAUCCUACUCCAAGGUUGAUAUGAGCAGGCCUGCUUCUACCUGUACCCUUAGUAAAGAAACCUUGGUCCGAGCCUUGAUUAUCCUUUCUGAUAUUCAGACAGCCUGCAAUGAUCUAGGAGGAUCUAUAGAACACUUGCUAGCUGCUGAGUCCCUGUCUGCUAAGUAUAGACUGGAGUAUCUCCACUGUCUUAUCUGUCUACAGAUAGCUAACAACCAGCUAACCCUGGGUUGUACAGCUAGAGCUCUACAGCUGGUUAAACAUUGUCUGACAUAUUUACUAGCUCAUGGUACCAAGAGAGAUAGGAGCAGGGGGUUGUUGAUGUUAGCUAAGUGCAAGGUUGCUGCUAGCUCAGACCUAGUUCCUGUACAGAGGAGGAUGGAACUCCUGGAGGGAGCUGAGCAUGUUGGACGAGCCAAGGAAGGGUUUAUCCAGAUCAAUGAUUGGGACAGGGUUAAGGAUUGUUUAUAUCUGCAAGCACGGAUUUAUCACACUUUGGUUCUCACAGAGGAGAGAAACCUUGCAGCUCAACAGUUCAAGAAAUUUGACGAGAUGCAUCCUACAUCUAGUCCUAUACCUCAUCUUCUACUUAUUUAAUAUAUCCUACAUCUAGUCCUAUACCUCAUCUUCUUCUUAUUUAAUAUAUCCUACAUCCAGUCCUAUACCCCAUCUUCUUCUUAUUUAAUAUAUCCUACAUCUAGUCCUAUACCUCAUCUUCUUCUUAUUUAAUAUAUCCUACAUCUAGUCCUAUACCUCAACUUCUACUUAUUUAUUAUAUCCUACAUCUAGUCCUAUACCUCAUCUUAUUUAAUAUAUCCUACAUCCAGUCCUAUACCUCAUCUUCUUCUUAUUUAGUAUAUCCUACAUCUAGUCCUAUACCUCAUCUUCUUCUUAUUUAAUAUAUCCCACAUCUAGUCCUAUACCUCAUCUUCUACUUAUUUAAUAUAUCCUACAUCUAGUCCUAUACCCCAUCUUCUUAUUUAAUAUAUCCUACAUCCAGUUCUAUACCUAUUCUUCUUCUUAUUUAAUAUAUCCUACAUCUAGUCCUAUACCUACCUCAUCUUCUUCUUAUUUAAUGUAUCCUACAUCUAGUCCUAUACCUCAUCUUCUACUUAUUUAAUACAUCCUACAUCCAGUCCUAUACCUCAUCUUCUUCUUAUUUAAUAUAUCCUACAUCCAGUCCUAUACCCCAUCUUCUUCUUAUUUGAUAUAUCCUACAUCUAGUCCUAUACCUCAUCUUCUUCUUAUUUAAUGUAUCCUACAUCCAGUCCUAUACCUCAUCUUCUUCUUAUUUAAUGUAUCCUACAUCCAGUCCUAUACCUCAUCUUCUUCUUAUUUAAUAUAUCCUACAUCUAGUCCUAUACCUCAUCUUCUUCUUAUUUAAUAUAUCCUACAUCCAGUCCUAUACCUCAUAUUCUUCUUAUUUGAUAUAUCCUACUUUAUCCUCCCUAUGGUGCGACUGUUGUCUUUAAACACAAAUGUUUAUUAAAAUCUCUCAUACUUUUGUCUGUUAUUCUCGUAAAUUAUAUUUAUUAAACUUUUAUAUUAAGGCAACAUAAACUGUAAAAUACUAA